CUGGGCCACAGAUAGGCUGAGCACACACCGAGCGGCGCCAUGCACAGCGCUCACACUAACCGCUAGCCAGCCGAAAUGCCUCCCGAAGACCUUGAUUUAGCCCGAAAUGUUGAGUCCAGGGCGCACGCUGUCGUAUGAUUCCACCGAAACAAGAUGGAAGAUAGAUUAAUUGUGUUGAAAUGGCGCGGCUAUGAGUCUUACUUUUCCGUUUCGCUCGGUGUAGCGUGGCAGAGGCAGUGGAUCCCCUCCAAAGUUGUCGGUUAGCAGGGCGCGUGUGAAGGAUCGGAAUUAAAGGCGCAGUGCUCCCGUCGCAGCCCGCAAACAUGGAGAAGCAGCAGAGCGACUUGGAACGAGACAGGCAGUACUGUGAACUUUGUGGGAAAAUGGAGAACCUGCUCAAGUGCGGUAGGUGCCGGAGCUCCUUCUACUGCAGCAGGGAGCACCAGAAACAGCACUGGAAGAAGCACAAGCUCAUUUGCAAGGAGGCGGACAAGGCGCAGCCUCCCAGCCACAAGCCCGAGCAGGCUCCGUCGUCGGGGGACGACAGGGCGCCGGAGAAAUGCCGGGGGAAGAAAAGUCCCGAGCGGGAGGACAGCGAGUCUCCGCCGCAGGGCACGAACACAGAAGCGCCGGGGGUCGGCGACCGGCCGGGGGAGGACGGUCCGAACGACACCGCCACGCCGAACGGACAGAGCAGCUCGUCCCCUCAGAAACUGGCCACGGAGUACAUCGUGCCGUGCAUGAACAAGCACGGCAUCUGCGUGGUGGACAACUUUUUGGGCACAGACACCGGGCUGGGCAUCCUGGACAAUGUCAAGGCCCUGCACAACACGGGCAGGUUCACCGACGGGCAGCUGGUGAGCCAGAAGAGCGACUCCACUAAAGACAUUCGGGGCGACAAAAUCACGUGGAUAGAGGGGCGGGAGGCCGGCUGCGAGAAGAUCCGCUUCCUCAUGGGUCGCAUGGACGACCUGGUCAGACAUUGUAACGGCAAACUGGGAAACUACACAAUCAAUGGAAGGACGAAAGCCAUGGUGGCGUGUUAUCCUGGAAAUGGGACAGGAUACGUGCGGCAUGUGGAUAACCCUAAUGGCGAUGGGCGGUGUGUCACGUGCAUAUAUUACCUUAAUAAAGACUGGAAUGCCAAGGAACAUGGUGGCCUUCUUCGAAUCUUCCCAGAAGGAAAGGCCCAGUUUGCUGACAUUGAGCCCAAAUUUGACCGUCUGCUGCUGUUCUGGUCAGACAGACGGAACCCUCACGAGGUUCAGCCCGCCUUCGUCACCAGGUAUGCCAUCACGGUGUGGUAUUUUGAUGCGGACGAGCGAGCCAGAGCUAAAGAAAAAUACUUAACAGGUGCAGGUGAAAAAGGAGUAAAGGUUGAGCUCGGCAAACCAUCAGAUCCCAGCUAGUCGGAGCCCUGCGUUGCCUACAAACAGCCAUUAAGUGCUCUGUCCGAAGAAAGUGGCCCGUAGAGAACGUGUGUUUUACAAGGCAAAGCGGCAGACUUUUGCUUGAGUGGGUGGAAGAUCCAUGCUCAUGGAGACAACACAGUGAUUUCUGUUCGUUUUCUGUAAACUCGGGCAGCCCAGUAGACCUUGAAUGUCAUGACAUUGUACUGAAAGGGAUCUUUUGUCUCUUCACCUCUUGCGGUGGAGAGCGCUUGCCUCAUAACCAGCAUUUUCAGAGCAUCACUUCAAACCUGAAUUAAGCUCGGAGAGAAUCUUCAUCUUUUGCAUAUACGUUUUUGCAGUUAAUUCCUUAAAGGUACAGUGUUCUGCAUAUGCUUGACGUGUUAUGCUUUUCACAUGGAAUCAGCUGUUUUAAGAUACUGUAUGGCGAAAAUUAUGCUUGGGUUUGCAAUAAUAUGAGGAAUGAUCUGAAUUAAAAAAGACUCCAUUAUUGACAAAACACCUCCGGUCUUAGUUUGAGUUCAUUCACUUGCAGCACAGAUGACGCAAACUGUCAUUUGUCAUCUCACUGUAACUACUCACACUGAUGCAUGAACUCUCCUUGAAUCAGAAACAAGUUGCCAAUAAUCAUGCAUUGAUCUGCAGGACUUGUGGGUAAAGGACACGUUUACUGCUGCAUGCCCCUGUUGCACUAUACACAGCUCAAUGCUGCCCUCUGCAGGAAGCCCACGGUGUGGUGUUCCUGUUGUCUAAUUUUGUGGCUUUAUGGAUGAAUGAAAUUCAGUAUGACAAAAUAUUUUAUACUUCACAUCACACAAAUGAUUCUAUCAAAUAGAAAGUUAUUGAUUUGUCUUAAUUUACCGGAGUUGCCAUAUUCAGUCUUUGAUUUAAAUUCAAAUCAAAAAGCAUUAACAGAUAGUCCUUUUCCAAGACAAUCUCUAAAAUUGAGUCUCAUAAAUACACAUUGAGAAUGUUCCUGUUUUCUAAACAAACAACCAGUUACUUGCCAAACUUGUAUUAACUGCUGUAAAAGAAAGUCAGUGCUUUUAGAAUGAAAACAACUCGUCAAUAAAAUGGGGAGACGUGAGAAAUACA